CUAACCUUCCCUCCUUCGGAACCCUCAUGCUGCUCCUCGACGCCGCCUUCGACGCCCUCGACCCCUCCUGGUUCGACGCCGACCCGGCCCCGUCGACUGCCGGCUCGGCCAAGCCCUCCCCCGACGAGCACAGGCGGCUCCGCCGGAAGAUCUCCAACCGCGAGUCGGCCCGCCGCUGCCGGAUGCGGAAGCAGCGCCACCUCGAGGAGCUCCGCGCCGAGUCGGCCCGGCUCCGGGCCCUGAACCGGGACAUGGCGAGCCGGGUCGGCGACCUGUCCCACCGCUGCCUGCUAUUCCGCCGGGCGAACCACCGGCUCCGGGUCGAGUCCGCGGCCCUCAGCCGGAGGCUGGACGAGCUCCGCCGGCUGGUCCUCCUACGGCAGGUGUUGAUGGUGGCGGCGUCGCCCCCCGUUGCCUCUCAUGGCGGGUUUGGUGGCGUGGGAUGCGACCAGGCGUGGGCCGCGUCACUGAUCGCGUGAACUCGGAACUCGGAUAUUCUCGAGGCCGGGUCCCACUCUUCUAGUGGCGGUCAUUGGCGUGUGUUCUAUUGGGUGGACACGCUUUGGUGUAAAUUACCAAAUUUGAUGAUUAACGCUUAAUCAGAUAAAUAGAAUCCGCCCGAUUAAUAAAAAAAAAUCGGCGAUAAA